AUGUCUGCACCAGUGAACAUUAUUGUUGGUUCUCAUGUCUGGGUUGAAGAUCCAGCACUAGCAUGGAUUGGAGGUGAAGUUACUAAAAUCAGUGGUGAAAACGUCCAUGUUCGCACCGGAGAUGGAAAAACAGUCGUUACAAGUAUUUCUAAGGUUAUUCCCAAGGAUAAUGAAGCACCACCUGGUGGUGUAGACGACAUGACAAAAUUGUCAUACUUGCACGAGCCAGGAGUUCUGAAUAACUUGGCAACUAGAUAUGAACUUAACGAAAUCUAUACAUAUACUGGAAAUAUCCUGAUUGCCAUAAACCCAUUUCAAAGGUUACCACAUCUAUAUGAUACUCACAUGAUGGAGCAAUACAAAGGAGCUGCAUUUGGAGAGUUGAGUCCCCAUGUUUUUGCAGUUGCAGAUGUUGCAUACAGGGCAAUGAUUGUUGAGGGAAAAAGCAACUCAAUCCUGGUUAGUGGUGAGAGUGGGGCUGGAAAGACAGAGACAACAAAAAUGCUUAUGCGAUAUCUUGCGUACCUUGGGGGCCGGUCUGGAGUAGAAGGGCGGACAGUUGAACAACAAGUUUUAGAAUCUAAUCCAGUUCUUGAAGCAUUUGGCAAUGCCAAAACAGUGAGAAACAAUAAUUCAAGUCGUUUUGGUAAAUUUGUUGAGAUACAAUUUGACAACAAGGGAAGAAUUUCUGGGGCAGCUAUACGGACUUAUCUGCUUGAGAGGUCCCGUGUUUGUCAAGUUUCAGAUCCUGAAAGAAAUUACCAUUGUUUUUACCUUCUUUGUGCAGCACCAGCUGAGGAAAAAGAAAAGUAUAAGCUGGGAAAUGCUAGCUCCUUCCAUUACCUAAACCAAUCCAAAUGCUAUGGGCUGGAUGGAGUGGACGAUGCAGAAGAAUAUCUUGCAACUCGAAGAGCAAUGGAUAUUGUUGGAAUCAGCGAGGAGGAACAGGAUGCAAUUUUUAGGGUUGUAGCAGCAGUUUUGCAUCUUGGAAAUAUUGAAUUUGCAAAAGGAGAGGAGAUUGAUUCUUCUGUCCUCAAGGAUGAGAAGUCUAGGUUUCAUCUUAAUACGACUGCUGAGCUUCUCAAGUGUGAUGCUAAGAGCUUGGAAGAUGCACUGAUUCAGCGUGUCAUGGUAACUCCUGAGGAGGUUAUUACAAGAACACUUGAUCCCGUUGCAGCUCUCGGUAGCAGGGAUGCAUUAGCUAAAACUAUCUAUUGUCGUUUGUUUGACUGGCUAGUGGAGAAGAUUAACAAUUCAAUUGGGCAAGAUCCAAAUUCAAAAUCUAUCAUUGGAGUUCUAGAUAUAUAUGGGUUUGAAAGUUUUAAGUUUAAUAGUUUCGAGCAGUUCUGUAUUAAUUUUACAAAUGAGAAGCUACAGCAACAUUUUAAUCAGCAUGUCUUUAAAAUGGAACAAGAAGAAUACACCAAAGAAGAAAUUAAUUGGAGUUACAUAGAGUUUGUUGACAACCAAGAUGUUUUGGAUCUAAUUGAAAAGAAACCUGGAGGAAUAAUUUCACUUCUUGAUGAAGCCUGCAUGUUUCCUAAGUCUACACAUGAAACAUUUGCUCAGAAGUUGUACCAGACAUUCAAGAACAACAAGCGCUUUAUCAAACCGAAACUUUCUCGAACUAAUUUCACAAUAUCUCAUUAUGCAGGGGAGGUGACAUAUCAGGCUGAUAUGUUUCUGGAUAAAAACAAGGACUAUGUGGUGGCUGAACAUCAGGAUCUGAUGAUAGCCUCAAAAUGCCCUUUUGUAGCAGGUCUAUUCCCCCGCUCUCCAGAAGAGUCUUCAAAAUCUUCAAAAUUUUCUUCAAUUGGAUCUCGCUUUAAGUCACAACUUCAGUCUUUGAUGGAGACCCUAAGUUCAACAGAACCUCACUAUAUUAGAUGCGUGAAGCCAAAUAAUGUUCUCAAGCCUGCUAUUUUUGAAAAUCUCAACAUUAUCCAACAAUUACGUUGUGGUGGUGUUCUAGAGGCAAUUAGAAUCAGCUGUGCUGGAUAUCCUACAAGACGGACCUUUUAUGAAUUUCUCAACCGAUUUGGUGUUCUUGCCCCUGAAGUUCUGGAUGGAAACUACGAUGACCAGGUUGCAUGUCAAAUGAUCCUGGGUAAAAUGGGUAUGAAAGGCUAUCAGAUAGGCAAGACAAAGGUUUUCCUAAGAGCAGGUCAGAUGGCUGAGUUGGAUGCAAGAAGGUCUGAGGUCCUUGGAAAUGCAGCUAGAGUCAUUCAGAGGCAAACACGUACCCAUAUUGCACGCAAGGAAUUCAUUGGAUUGCGUCGUGCUGCAAUUAGUUUGCAAUCUAAUUUGCGAGGAAUAUUGGCCCGGAAGCUUUACGAGCAAUUGCGACGUGAGGCAGCAGCUUUGAAAAUAGAAAAGAACUUCAAAGGAUACAUUGCCAGGAAAUCUUAUUGUAAAGCACGAUCAUCUGCAAUUGUAUUGCAGACAGGAUUAAGGGCUAUGAAGGCUCGUGAUGAAUUUAAAUUUAGAAAGCAAACAAAGGCUGCAAUUCAAAUCCAGGCUCAUUUUCGCCGGCAAGUUACAUAUUCAUAUUAUAAAAAAUUGCAAAAGGCUGUGGUUGUUACUCAGUGUGGUUGGAGGAGCAGGGUUGCUAGAAAGGAACUCAGAAUGCUUAAAAUGGCUGCAAGAGAUACAGGGGCUCUUAAAGAAGCCAAAGACAAGCUAGAAAAGCGCGUUGAAGAACUUACUUGGCGUUUGCAACUCGAGAAGCGUUUGAGAACUGAUUUGGAAGAGGAAAAAGCACAAGAGGUUACUAAGUUACAUGAUACUUUAAAUGCAAUGCAAAUACAAGUUGAAGAAGCAAAUGCCAGAGUCAUCAAAGAGCGUGAAGCUGCACAGAAAGCAAUUAAAGAAGCACCUCCAGUUAUUAAAGAGACUCCCGUUAUAAUUCAAGAUACUGAGAAGAUUAAUUCUUUAUUGGCUGAAAUCAAUAGUUUAAAGGAUUCACUGCAAUUGGAAAGAGAGGUUAAAGAAGAGGCGAAAAAAGCUCAGCUGGAGGCUGAAGCUAGAAAUAAGGAGCUGAUUAAAAAAGUUGAGGACUCCGAUCGCAAAGUGGAUCAACUCCAAGAAUUGGUUCAGAGAUUGGAGGAAAAAAUUGCCAAUUCAGAGUCAGAAAAUCAAGUUCUUCGGCAACAAGCAUUGGCUGUAUCACCAACCGCAAAAGCUCUUACUUCCAGACCUAAGACAGUAAUUAUUCAGAGGACACCAGAAAAUGGGAAUGCUCUAAAUGGGGAUGUAAAACCUGGACAAGAUAUGACUCUUGCUCUAUCCAAUGUGCGUGAGCCUGAAUCUGAAGGAAAACCGCAGAAAUCUUUGAAUGAGAAACAACAAGAAAACCAGGACUUGUUGAUCAAGUGCAUAUCACAAGAUUUGGGAUUUUCUGGUGGCAAACCUGUUGCUGCAUGCGUCAUAUAUAAAUGCCUUCUACACUGGAGGUCAUUUGAAGUUGAAAGAACAACUGUCUUUGACCGUAUCAUUCAAACAAUAGCUUCAGCUGUUGAGGCCCAGGAUAAUACCGAUGUAUUAGCCUAUUGGUUGUCUAAUACAUCUACUUUAUUGAUGCUGCUCCAACGCACCCUCAAAGCAAGUGGAGCUGCUAGCUUAACACCCCAGCGGCGGAGAACAGCAUCAUCUUCUCUGUUUGGAAGGAUGUCUCAAGGGCUAAGGGCAUCUCCUCAAAGUGCUGGAUUGCCAUUUAUAAAUGGAAGAAGUCUUAGUAGACUUGAUGGUUUACGACAAGUAGAAGCAAAAUAUCCGGCACUUCUGUUUAAGCAACAGCUUACUGCCUUCCUUGAGAAGUUAUAUGGAAUGAUACGAGACAACCUGAAAAAGGAGAUAUCCCCAUUACUUGGACUGUGUAUACAGGCUCCAAGGACCUCCCGCCAAGGUUUAAUAAAAGGACGCUCACAUGCUAAUGCGGUUGCUCAGCAAGCUUUAAUAGCUCACUGGCAAAGUAUUGUGAAAAGCUUGAACAACUCGCUAAAGAUAAUGAAAGCAAACUAUGCGCCUCCUUUCUUGGUCCGUAAAGUGUUUACUCAAAUAUUCUCAUUCAUCGAUGUUCAAUUAUUCAACAGUCUUCUGCUGCGUCGCGAGUGUUGUUCAUUCAGCAACGGGGAGUAUGUGAAGACAGGUUUGGCCGAAUUAGAACAUUGGUGCGUCGAGGCAACAGAAGAGUACACUGGCUCGGCGUGGGAGGAACUGAAACAUAUCAGGCAGGCAGUUGGAUUCCUGGUGAUACAUCAAAAGCCCAAGAAGUCCCUGAAUGAAAUAACUAAGGAGCUUUGUCCUGGUCUCAGUAUACAGCAGUUAUAUAGAAUAAGUACAAUGUACUGGGAUGACAAAUACGGCACUCACAGUGUCUCUACGGAUGUUACAACAACCAUGAGAGCUAUGGUUGCGGAGGAUUCUAAUAAUGCUGUCAGUACUUCUUUCCUAUUAGAUGAUGACUCAAGCAUUCCAUUUUCAGUGGACGACAUCUCCAAAUCCAUGCAACAAGUAGAAGUUGCUGAUGUGGAUCCUCCUCCGUUGAUACGUGAGAACUCAGGGUUCGGGUUCUUACUAGCUCGCUCAGAGUAA